AUGGUGGAUUGCCUGUUUUUACUGACUCGAAUUCUGUUCAUCUGCUGCUACUUUCUAACUGUAUACUGCGCACAACCCAACUGUACAUCUGUGACCAACUUUGAUGAUUGUCCAGAAAACAUAACAGAUUUCUGUCCAGAGAAUAUUGCUUGUGCAUGCAAAGAUGGAGAGCCUUUUUGCAAAUGUCCAUAUUUUAGAGGUCAGUGGGGAAACUAUUGGUACAUGGGAACCAAAUGUGACCAACUCUGGAGUACUAUGGACCUGAUUUUAGUAGCAACAUUGCCUGGAGUAGGACUGGCUUUAAUAGUUGGUGUAACAAUCCAGACUAUCCACUACUGUAAAAAGAAGUCAAAGAAGAAUACAGAUAAUCACCGGUAA